CCCCAUCCACCAUCGCCUGCUAUUGCUAUUGCAAAUGCAACAGUCAUUGCACCCAAACAAACAAAAAUCCCCCUUUCUUUUUGCCAAGCCCACUUCUACCUCGGUUUUUGGGCCCUCUCUCUCUCUCUAGAUCCUCUAUUUCUCUCUCUAUCUUUCCUUAUAAUCAGCCCCCGGCGUUUUCUCUGAUCUCUCUCUCUCUCUUUCUUGGCGUUUAGUAGGGGGGAAGGUACUAGAGAGAGAGAGAGAGGUAGGUGAGAAAUCAGUGGAGCGGCGAGAAGCACGGACAUGUCGAACUGCAACAGCAGCAUCAAUGUCACUUCAUCCCCUUCUCCUUCAUCUGAGCACGUCUGCUACCUUCCCUGCAACUUUUGCAACACCAUUCUUGCGGUGAGCGUACCAUGCAGCAGUUUGUUCAAAGUGGUAACAGUGAGAUGUGGGCAUUGCACUAAUCUUCUCUCAGUCAACAUGGCCGCGGUGCUCCAUGCCCCCUCUCUCACUCCUGCUCCUGCUAAUCUUCAACAUGAUCAACUCCUUCGGAACCAAAGCUUGACGGGAUCUCAUGGUUAUAACAGGAUGAUGAUGAUGAUGACAACCAUGGAUUCAUCUUCCACCUCUAACAACUUCAAUCACGACGACAUUAACAACAAGGUUUUGAUUCCGAAUGAAUCAAUCGCCGAGAAGGAAGAGAGGACUGUUGUCAACAGGCCUCCAGAAAAGCGGCAACGGGUACCUUCUGCUUACAAUCGGUUUAUAAAAGAGGAAAUCCAGAGGAUCAAGGCCAGCAAUCCCGACAUCAGCCACAGGGAAGCUUUCAGCACUGCUGCUAAGAAUUGGGCACAUUUUCCUCAUAUUCACUUUGGGUUGAUGCUGGACACCACUAAGAAACAACCUAAAUUGGAUCAGCCUGCUGAUGUGUUUGCAGGGAUCCGGCAAGCAUUUGAUGAAUCAGGCUGCAGUUUGCAUUGAAUGACUCGAUCUUGUGGAUUGAUUCAUUCCUUUUUGCCACCCCAACCAAAUCCUCUCAGUCUCAAGAGAAGUCCUUAAUCUCCUCAAUACGUUCAUAAGAUAAGAAUGGAAUUAAGGAGAUAGUAUUUCCUUAGCUUCUAAUUAUUGCAAAUCGAAGUUUGAGACCUCCCUCUUAUUGAAGUCACUAUAAAUGUUGCAUCUUCUUAUUUUGUUGAAGUCAUCCAAACUUUACAUGAAUGGAAGCACCAAAAAUUGUUUGUUUAAUCAUAUCAUUGUACAGAAA